UUAGCUGAUCUAAUCUUUGAGCUAGUAGUAAUAUUUUGCAGUUCAAGUGGGACCAUACUCUUAAAUGUAUAAUGUUUAGGAGACACGUAAAUAAAUUCACCAUCGGUUUCUCCAAAACAUUUGUUUAUGUGAUCAUCAUUUUCCCAUUAGUUUCUCAAGGAAGCAGAGACACCAUCCAUGGUUACAGUCACAGAGAAUGAUGAAUUGGUUAUUGGAUGGCCACUUGGGCUUAGCUUCUUGAAUAUGAGACUUAGAGUUGUGGAAUCCCUUCCAGCAACUUCUUCAGUGGAACCAUAUCAACUGCACAUUCCAUCCACAAGUUUCUCUUCAUUUUCAACCUCUAACCUUGAUACUGAGUCUACAGCAUCUUUCUUCCAAGACAACAGUGUAUCCCUUGCACAGCUAAUGGGAUUUAGAUCACGUGACAAAGGACGAUUGUACUUUCCCAACUCAUUAAGGUUUGAAGAAAAGAACAAGAAACAAGAAAAUGGUUCUUGUUUUAAUGGCCGCAAAGUACAAGGAAGUGAUGUGUCUAGAGUCAUUUGCAUACCUGUGCUACUUGAUACAUUGCUAAAGAUUAGAAAGAGUAAGAAGAGUGUUCAAGCAACUAGGAUAUGAUUAACACGUUUAAGAUGAUUCUGUUCUUGCUCCAAGUCAAAAUUCACUGAAGAUUUCUAGUCAUUUUCAACUAGUUUUUGGCAUACUUAUUAUCUGUUGUAUGUUGUAACUUUCCAAAGUUUUUUAAAUGUCAAUUGAUCAUAAUUGUUAGAUAAAUAAAAAAUCUUUCCCAA